GAUGUCUAACAUCUGAAGUCGGCUCGAUGUAAAUGCCUCAGAAGAAUCCCUCCCGACGAUGGUUCCGUCCGCCUCCUGAAACCCCCCUGCGACACGGAUAUUGGUGGAGUCCACACACGCGCCAAACAUUAGUGACAACAAUGGCGUCCGGAGCAGGCCGUCGACGGACGAAGCGCAAAGCGGAGGCUCAGUCCGAGGAGGAGAAACCAUCCGUGGAGAAGGAGGAAGAGGAGGAGGUCAGAGGAGACGGAGAGGAAGGACACAGGGUGCUCAUCGAACACUGUAAGAGCUGACGAGUGUAUGGGCGUAAUGCUGAGGAAGUGAAAUCUGCCCUCCUGGCUGCCCACCCUGGACUGACUGUGAUCCUCAACCCAGAGAAACCUCGCCGGAACAGCUUUGAGAUCACUCUACUGGAUGGAGGUAAAGAAACAUCUCUGUGGACUGGAAUAAAGAAGGGUCCGCCUCGUAAGCUGAAGUUUCCUCAACCAGAUGUUGUAGUUACUGCUCUGCAGGAGGCUCUGAAGGCUGAGUAGAUGUCCAGUGAAGUUCAGGAGAUGUGGCCCUGUGGAAGCAGAAUGACGAGGAGCGACCAAGGAGAUGUUCUCAGUCUCUCUUCUGAUGAUCCGAGCUCCAACAGCUCACAUCCUCUGGAUACACUCUGACACCUAGUGGAGCCUCUCUGACACAACACAUUUCUUAGUUGUAUUACUUUGCUGUUUGUCUUUCCCCGCUGUUUCACAAUGGUUAUUGUGAUUUUAUGUCUGUUUUUUGGUAAAUAAAAUUGAUUCACUGUU